CUUGAAGACGGCCAUUUUUGAUUUGGCAUGAUCAGAACGUUGGACGUUGGAAGUGGUGAACUUCUGUGAAUUACGCGAACGGAACCAGAAAAGUACUGGAAAAAAAUUCUUUUAUCCAUGCAUGAUUCACUCCAUAAUUUGGAUAAAAUGAAUACUUCUUACAGUUAUGAGCUUGAAAUCUUCCAUUUCUAAUUCAUCUUCUAAUGGAUCCAGUGUCACUCGUUUCAUUCUUGAUGGAGUUGUGGCUGAGAUGUUGGUUGAAAUUGAGGAUGAACAAGAACCAUUGCUCUCUCCCAGCAAAGCAUUUAAGUUAAAUGAAAUAGAUAACUAUGAAGAAUUAAAAGAUUCUUGUUUGAGACAUAGUUUUGUUGCUUUAGACCCUAUUUUAAAAAUGGACGAUAUCAAAAUAAGUAAUAUGGAAAACCAAGAACAAAACAAAUCAAAUUCAGAGCCAGAUAAAACUGAUGUGUCAUCGAAAAAGUUGAAAGAAGAUCAAACUUCUUUCAAAUCUGAUGUUUUAAAUGAUCAUGAAGUUUCGAUGAGUGAAAAAUCUGACUUGAAAGAAGUGAAAGAAAGUGAUAAUUUAGAUGAAGAUAACGAUGUAGUAGUAGUAGAAAUAGUACAAAAGGAUUUAAGUAAAAGAAAUGAAGAUCAGUUAACGGUGGAUGAAGUGACUGAAACAAAUGAAGAUAAAUUGCCUGAUCCAGAUGAAUGUAAGUCACAAGUAGAAAUGAGAACUAAAAAGGAUGAGGUAGAAUUUCAAGAAGAGGGUGAGAACAAGUCAACUUUUGAAGAGACAAUUAAAAUCCAGAAAUUGAUUGAAAAAGAUGAGAACAAAUCAAUAACUGAGAAAAAGAUGGAAAUAAGUGAAGGCCAAUCAAUGCAGGAAAGAAAUGAAAUUAAAUCACCAGCAGAUUUGUCGGAAACAAAUAAAGCCCAGUUAUCAGAAAAAGAUGGAAAUAAUACAGUAUUAGAAGAGAUGACUGAAACAAAUGAAGCUCAUCCACUUGAAAAGUAUGAAUAUAAAUCAGUAAAGAAAGAGGUGGAUGAAACGAAGGAAAUUCAUCCAUCAGAAAUGAAUACAAAGUCAGAAAUUGAUAGAUUGACUGAAACUAUUGUUGUUGCAUGUGAGCCAAUAGAAUUGGAAAUGCUAAAUGAUAAAGCGUUAUCUGGGGUAAAAAAAUCUUCGAAAUUACCUCUGAAAAAAAGAAAACUUAAAGAACCUGAGAAAGCUAAAGAAGAUGUUAAAGAAGAGGAUAAGCCAAAAUCACGUACACUUCGUACAAGGCCUUCAGAAAAGGAGAAAAAAGACGUUAAAAAAACAGAUACUAAAAAGAGGAAAGAUAUUUCUAGUAAAUCUACUCCUGUUCCAGCAAAAAAGGCAAAGAUUGUUAAAGAAGAGAAUCCAAAAAAAGGCAUUAAAAGAAGUUUACUUGAUGAUGAUGAAACUAAGAGUGUUGGGAAAAGAUUAAGAAGCGCAGUGCAAGACAACUCUCAAAUGCAGAAACGAUCUCAAGCAAGUAAAUCUGUAAAAUCUGAAAUAAAAGAUAAAAAAUCUGAGAUAAGAACUAAAAAACCAGAAUUGAAGAAUGUGAAAACUGAAGUAAAGAAGACAAAGCUUGAUAUAAAGAGUAAGAAACCUGAAACAAAGAAUACAAAACCUGAUAUAAAGAGUAAGAAACCUGAAAUGAAUAUAAAGAGUAAGAAGCCUGAAAUGAGAAGCAAGAAACCAGAAAUUAAAAGCAGUGAAAUUAAAAGGCAGUCUUUAAGGAAAACAACACUACAAAAAUCUACAAAUGCUCCUGUUCCAGUGAUAUCAUCGAAACCUAAAGUAUACAACUUAAACCCUGGGAAAGUGACAAAUUUAGGUGUUUUUGCUGAAAUUAAAGAAAGAGUGAAUGAAAGUGAUAUGAAAUAUUUGCGAUAUUUGUAUCGAAUAUUAUAUGACCAGUGGCCACCAAGAGACAUAGAUGCGUUGAAAGAGGAAAUCUUAAACUUUGAGGGAUACAAUUUCAAUAAAAAAUCGCAAGACCUACAGAAAAGAGAGCAAGUCCUGAAGAAAAUGCCUGAUACUUCAGUUAUUGAAAUUUGCAAAAUUCUUGCCCUGAAAGUGGAUAGUAAAGAAAAUAUGAUUUCAGAUAUCAUAAAAUUUCUUUUGAAACCUGUAAAAAUUGUUAUCUCAACUGUGGAUCCUUUUGACCCAUCUAUGCAACCUGUGGUGAAACUGGAGAGAAUCGUAGUUGAUGAGUAUCUAAACAGAAUUACCAAGAACGAAGAUAAAACACCUGUGCCUGUUAAAAGAAGCACACGAGAAAGAUAUCCUUCUACGAAGUUGGAAAUUUAUGUAUCUGAUGUAUCAGAAAAGUUGCCGAUGCCUUCUGUAAAAGAUGAACAAAAAAAUUCACAGCUUGAACUUAAGAUUGAAAAAAACUCUAAAGGUGAAUCUUCUAAAAAUAUAACAUUAAAACAGACUACAGUUAACAAAACAAAAACUACAGCAAAGAAUACUGCUGAGAUGAACAAAGGAACCUUGACUGCAAAGUAUGCAAAAAGGAGAAAGAAAGGUUUUAAAUUCUCUCAAAAGAAGAAUGAACACAAUUGUAAUGCUAGAAAAAAGUUGAUGAAACUAGCUGCUAAAAUUCAAACAACAAAAUCUCCAGAGAAACAAAAUUCUGAUGUUGAAGAUAUUGAAAAUACAAUUAUACCCAAUUCUGAAAUUAAACUUGAACCCAUUGUAGAAGAACUCGGGGAAGUUAAGGAAUUGAAUGAAACUGAAGAAAGUGGAAGCCAUGCAAAACAUUUUGUUUCUGGAGUAAGCAAGGAUAUUUCAAGUGAUACAACUCUUUCCUCAGAUGAAGCUAAACAAGUAACGAAAACAGGAUCCCCUAGAAAGAGAGUUUCUCACAAACGAGUUGGAAAACCUUUGAGAUAUUUCACUAAAAUCAAAGAAAAUAUUUUAAAUGCUAAUUUCAGCGCAUUACAACGUCUGCAUAUUCUACUUUUCGGUGCUUCUGAUAAGGCAGAUAAUUUAAAGGGGAAUAUAUUAGCUUUUGGUGGUUUUCCAUUUUUGGAAGGAUCUGAAGAAUGGAGACAGAAAGAAUUUUUGUUGUCUUUGUUGGCCCAAAACACUCUUCGUGAGUAUUUGAAUCUUUUAUGCAUAGAGUAUACUGAUGAUGACCAGAAAGCUCUAAUCAGAAAAUUAAUGAAGUUCCUUGCUGCACCAAGUGACAGUUCUCCUAGUACUGAAAUCAGAACCCAAGUUGUAUCUUCUGAACCUGUCAAUUGUGCACCUGCUCAUUUAAUUAAAGCUCCAGGCAGAAAGAAAAAAACAAAGAAGACUGAGGAGAAGAGAAAGUCUCGUACUAGAAAAGUUUUAAUGGAUGAAGCCCAAGUAAAACGUCUAGAAGCAGAUCUUGCCCGAGAGCAAAGAAUAUUGGAAAGGGAAAGAAAACUGCACGAAGAACAGACAAAGAAAUUACAAGCCAAAACAACAUCCAUUGUUGAAAAGAAUAAAAAAAUUAAGCCGUAUGUAAUUAAGGAUGGUAUGGAGUCUGAUGAAAGCUUGGAGAAAAAAGCUGCCUUGACUGCAAAACAGAGCGAUGCAGAAUUGCUUAAUGCAUUAUUGCAGACUGUAUAUAAAAGAAGAGCGUUGAAAAAAGCUGGUGUAGUAAUUUCUGCUCCAAAAAAAGAAACAUUGACUCGUCUUGGAGAACUUGCAAAUGUUAAAUUCCUGGUUGUCACUGCCAAUUAUAGUGACCUUGAUGUUCUGCAUCACUUAAUAUAUAUGACUGAAGCUAAUAAAGCUAAAGUUAGGAAGAAUAUACUUGAUUUUGCUGGUUUUAAUUUUUCUGAAGAUACACAAUCUUAUAAAGAUAGAAUGGAAUUCCUUAACAGCUUGGGCUAUGAUAUAUCAAAGAGAAUAGCAUUUCUACUUGGCCUUUGUCCUUUUAAAACUGAGAUAGAGCCACAGGACUUAAAUGAACUUAUCAUGUAUUUUCUUAUGCAUCCAUGCAAAUCCAAACAAAUUCCAAUAAGGCAUUUACCUCAGACGUUCUUCAGGAAAGAUAUUCCAAAAGAGAUAUGCCAACUCAUGCAGAAGCACCUUGUAGAUUUGCCUGUAUCUACUGCAAGUCCAUCUACAAGUGCAGCAGAGAGUUCAUCUGAAAAACAACCUGAAAUAAGUGUAAUAGAAGAAGAUGAGCCAUCCACAUCCUCACAAAUUCGUCAGAAAGCUAAAAAAUCUUUCAAAUCUUCCUGUCUACCUUCUGUUCCAAGAAAAGGACUCUCUCCAUCCAUAUCCACCUUACCUUUAAGUGCACCUAAACCUCUAUUGAAGCCCCUGAAACCAUCCCAGCCUGUUAUGUUAUCUGGUACAAACAAUAAAAUAUUUCUACCACAGGCACUUAAUCAGUCUCCUCAACCAACAUUACAAAAAGCAAUCCUUAAAACUCCGGCACCUGCACCUGUACCUCCACGUGCACCUGCACCUGCAAUUACUUUCCCUAGUACUCCCAAUGCACCCCAUGAAGUCCUUAUUCAGCAACAGACUCCAGAUGGCCAACAAAAGACUUUCAAACUUAUUAAAUUACCUACAACCCAAGCUAUGCAUUCAGGUGUUCAGCCAGUUCAGCAAAACAUACCUCAACAGACUCCACUAACUAUUCCUGCACCUAAUCCACCUGUAGUACAAAGCAAACCAAUUACAUUCACUCAGCCGGUGCAAGUUAGCCCAGUAAUUGGUGGAUCAUUGCCACCUGGCCUCAUAUUUUUCAAAGGCAACCCUGCAGUUACUGUUAACCAGCCCUUGCCAAACAUUAUGCAGACAGUACCUGUCGUGCUCAGUCCAUCUGCUAUGAAUAUUAAUCCCAUUGUUUCAGUGGCAAAUACAAGUCAAGGUACCACUGUUGUACCAGAAGAGGAGAAACCUGAUAUUUCAGUUGAGUGUGAAUAUAGUGAAGACAAUAUUGAGGAACUCAAUCCUUCAGCUGACAGCAAUCCUCCCACGGAUGAAGACCUCUUUAACAGCAUACAGGAAAUUAUUCACAGUUCUGAUUUUGAAAACAUAACAUUAAAAAAUGUUAUUGAUCGAGUUGCUGCCCAGUACUCGACAUUUGAUUUGACUCCUCGACAUAUGUACAUGAAGGAAUGUAUUAAAAAAAUUAUCAUGGGGACAUAAAAAUCAUGUUUUUUAUUGCCACCGUACGAUUGUUGAUAUUUACUUCAACAUAUGUUUUCAUGCAAUCAUAUUUGUUAUCAUUGUACAGUUAUCAUACAUAAUGUAUUACUGUAGUCUUUUCUAAUUCACAUUGUUUGGUAAACUUUCAUCUUUUGAAUAAUAAAUUCGAUGGAUUUUUACCAUUAGUAUAUAAUUUUUAUUUGUUCUGCUAUGUAAAAUUUCAUAUCCAGAAAAAUAUUAGAUCUAUGCUUUCUAUAUUAUUGAUGUAUUGAAAUUGGUAGCUUUUAUUUCUGGAUUUGUUCAUUAAAUAAUUAUGCAAUAAAGCUAAAAAAAUUAUUGCAGUAUAAUAAUGUUGCUUAUGUAAAGAGAAUUAAAUUAUGUAUUUUACAGACUGCCAUUCUAGAGAUUCCUUAAAUUUCAUAUUAAAUAAUGUAUGUUAAGUUAUUGAAUGGAAUAAGUAACAUUAUUUAGGUUUUGUUAUAAUACUUUUUCUAAGUGAAUUUAGAUAAAAUGGAAGUGUCUCUCUCUCUCUUUAUAUAUAUAUAGUUAAUCAAAAUUUUCUGUUAUGAAACUUAGUGAAUCAGUAGAUAUAAAGCUAUUUCAUUUUUAAUCUGAGAAAAACGAAAAUUUCCAUUUUUCUCUUCCUUUAGAAAUGGCACAUGGAAAAGUAGAUUUCAGCUGUUUCAAAAUCAAAUUUUAUCGUUCUUAAGAAUGAUCAAUUUUCUUUGAUGUAAUAAUUCUAUUAUAUUUUUGAUUUUUCUAAAGUCCCCUCCCCCCCCCAUUUCUUCCAAGCUUGUGUCAUCUCUUUUCUAUCUCUUUUUUUACCUUUUGUGUGUCAAAUUGUUUUGCAAUUUUAGUUUAUUGAAUAUUUAUAUUCAUAUGCCUGUUUUCUUUUCAUUUGCUGUUAUAGUUCUAUGGUAAUUUUUUUUCAAUCUUUGUAUUUAUGCAUGGAAAAACAAAAUACUUUUUAAUUUAUUUUUCACUUUCAUGUAUUUGAAUGGAAUUUUAUUAUAUAUAUUUUUAAUAUCUAAGAAUUUCAAAAAUAUAUUCAUACAAAAGUUUCUCUUGAUAAAUUUAUUAUAAAAAUCUCUUGUUAAAUACUAUUAUAGUUAACUGAUUUAAAUAUUAUUAUAUUAGAACAAAAAUAAAGUGUUAACUAGUCAUAUUUCUACAACCCUAUUUUGACAAUAAUUUAUUUUUAAUGAUGUAAAUAAUUUUUUUUCUGUUCUAUUUUUAAAAAUUUAAAUUCCUGAAUAUAAUAUUUAUCUUGGUACAUAUGUCACAAAAUAACAGAUUUCAUGUUACAGAUGGCAACUAUCUAUUGUUUUAAUGCUUUAAAAAUAGCAUUAAUCUUGCAGUUAAAUCUAUUAAUAUUUUUUUUUAAGUUAAGUGAAAUCUAAUCUUGGUAGCAAACAUGUUUAUAUAUUUAAAUAAUAAUCUAAAUUCUUUUUUAUUUAAACUUUCUUAAUUCGGUUUUUCCUUGUGAAAAAAAAAAAAGGAAUUGCAUUUUACAUUAUAAAGAUUAUUUUAAAAGUUUGAAAAAUGAUUUUUUUUUUUUUUUUUUUUUUUUGAUGAUGAUGUGUGAAUAUCUAUGCUAGUAUGUGCUUUAUCUCCCAUUAAAACGUCAAAAUCUCUUAAAGUUAAAGAAAUUGAAUUUUUUCUCAAGAGUGUCACAGUUAUUUUGGUCUUCCUUCUGUUUCUAUCGUUAUUUUUUCGUGUAUCUUUUAAUUUAUAAAAUAAAAAUAUAUGUCAUAAUUUCAUAAUGCUUAUUUUUCAUUAAAAAAAAGUUUCUGUAAAGAUGGGUAAUGAAUGAAUAAGUCACAUUUAACAUAAUUUUUGACAAAAAUAUGUUCUUACUGCAAAUAUAUUAUUUAUUAAAUGCACUUUGAAUUGUUUUGAUCUAUUAGCGAAAAUUCAUUAUGUUUCAUCUACUGAAAUAUUGGAAAUGCUCAGAAAACAAAAUGCCUUUCUUUUUUGUAGAAAUUGAGCAAAAUAUGUAAAAUAGUUGCAGUUUUAUUGAUUAUAGAUAAAUUCAUUCUAUCUUUAUAUGUUGCAUAGAAAGAAGUAUCUGAAUUUAUUUUAGAUGUACACUUUUUUUUUAAAUCUCUGAUUUGACUUGUUUCCAAAAUGCAAAC